AUGAUGAAAACAGAGUCUUCAGGAGAAAGAUCAACCCUCCGAAGUGCCUCUCCUCACAGGAACGCUUACAGAACUGAGUUCCAGGCGCUGAAAAGCACCUUUGACAAACCGAAAUCAGACGGAGACCAAAAAGCGAAAGAGGAAGGAGAGGCCUCGCAGAGCAGGGGAAGGAAAUAUGGCUCAAAUGUCAAUAGGAUUAAGAACUUAUUUAUGCAGAUGGGUAUGGAGCCCACUGAAAGUGCUGGAGUUACCCCUAAAACCAGGGGGAAGGGUGGCCCUCCAUCACCUCAAAGGCGAAUUAGGCCCAAAGAAUUUGUAGAAAAAGCGGAUGGUUCAAUCGUAAAAUUGGAAUCGUCCGUCUCAGAAAGGAUUAGUAGAUUUGAUACUAUCCAUGAUGGUCCUUCUUAUUCCAAGUUUACUGAAACUCGGAAGAUGUUUGAGCGAAACGCUCAUGAAACAGGACAUUUCAAUCGCUAUUCCCCAAAGAAAGAGAAAGUCGUUUCCAAUGAGCUUCCGGAUGAGUGGUGCAGCUCUAAGUCUCACAGAGGCAGCACUGAUUCACUGGACAGUCUCAGCCCAAGGACAGAGACCGUCUCUCCAACUGUGAGUCAGCUCAGUGCAGUUUUUGAAAACACUGACUCACACAACGUAAUCGUGGUAGAAAAGUCAGAAAACAAUGAAGAGUACUCUGUAACUGGUCACUAUCCACUAAACCUCUCAUCUACUGUCGCAAAUAUCUCCUCGCCGGUUGCAAACCUUGAGGGUUUCAGUCCUUUGAAAGAUGCCAGCACGUGGUCUCCCCCAGCCAAACAGAGUACAGGCGUAAUGUCUGUUGAGAACUCUCAGCAGAAUAGCACGCCUUCAACACCGAGACAGAAGACGUCCACAGGCACUUCGGCAGGUUCAAAAACAACUGAAGAAAUAAAGAAGAGUACAGAGGCAAGUCCUGAUUCUGUUGAGAGCUCUGCAGCAAGUCAACAGGAUUUGGUCAACGUGCUUGACAGCGACAGAUCUGUGGACAGCUGUGCUAGGAGUAAGUCAAAAACAGAGACAGAAGUUUUGUUGCAACAAAAGGAACGGUCAGAACAUACAGAGGGUAUCUUUGAUAGACCUGAAGCUGCAGAAUUACCAGGAAAUGUAGCUUCAGGUGGUGAUUUUGCCACAGAUGCUGUUUCAGAUGCUACUGAGUCCCAUUAUGAUGAGGCAAGUGAAAAAGAAGUGCAUGAAGAUGUGAAUAAUUUUCAGAGUUCCCACGUGUACAUGCACUCUGACUACAAUGUGUAUCGGGUACGAUCAAGAUACAAUUCUGACUGGGGAGAGACAGGUACAGAACAGGAUGAUCAGGAUGACAGUGAUGAAAAUAACUGUUAUGAACCUGAUAUGGAAUAUUCUGAAAUUAAUGGAUUGCCAGAUGAAGAUGAAAUCCCAGCCAACAGAAAAAUACAGUUUAGCCGUGCUCCAAUUAAGGUUUUCAAUACAUAUUCCAAUGAAGACUAUGACAGGAGAAAUGAUGAAGUUGACCCAGUGGCUGCAUCAGCUGAAUAUGAACUCGAGAAGCGUGUGGAAAAGCUGGAGCUUUUCCCAGUUGAACUAGAAAAAGAUGAAGAUGGACUUGGCAUAAGCAUUAUUGGAAUGGGAGUCGGAGCAGAUGCAGGCCUUGAAAAACUGGGAAUAUUUGUCAAAACAGUAACAGAAGGUGGGGCAGCAGAAAGGGAUGGCAGGAUCCAAGUGAAUGACCAAAUUGUGGAAGUUGAUGGCAUCAGUCUGGUUGGAGUUACGCAAAAUUUUGCUGCAACUGUUCUUAGAAACACCAAAGGGAAAGUCAGGUUUGUAAUUGGACGAGAAAAACCGGGACAAGUGAGUGAGGUUGCGCAGCUGAUUAGCCAAACUCUAGAACAAGAACGCCGCCAGAGAGAGCUGCUGGAGCAGCAUUAUGCACAGUAUGAUGCAGAUGAUGAUGAGACAGGGGAAUAUGCUACAGAUGAAGAAGAUGAAGACAUGGGACCUGUCCUUCCAGGAGGUGACAUGGCUAUUGAAGUGUUCGAUCUCCCUGAAAAUGAUGACAUGUUCUCCCCCAGUGAUGUGGACACCAGCAAGCUUGCUCACAAAUUCAAAGAGUUACAAAUCAAACAUGCAGUUACAGAAGCUGAAAUUCAGAAGCUGAAGACGAAGCUGCAGGCUGCUGAGAAUGAGAAGGUGAGGUGGGAAUUGGAGAAGACCCAACUCCAGCAGAACAUUGAGGAGAAUAAGGAAAGGAUGAUGAAAUUAGAGAGUUAUUGGAUUGAGGCACAAACCCUGUGUCACACGGUGAAUGAGCACCUCAAGGAGACGCAAAGCCAGUAUCAGGCUCUGGAGAAGAAAUAUAACAAGGCAAAGAAAUUAAUCAAGGAUUUUCAGCAAAAAGAACUUGACUUCAUCAAACGCCAGGAAGCUGAACGAAAGAAAAUAGAAGAUUUGGAGAAAGCACACCUUGCAGAGGUUCAAGGCUUACAAGCUCGUAUACGAGACUUGGAAGCAGAAGUUUUCAGGCUAAUGAAGCAAAAUGGGAGCCAGGUUAACAAUAACAACAACAUUUUUGAAAGGCAGACAUCUUUUGGGGAAGUUUCUAGAGGAGAUCCAGUGGAAAAUCUAGAUACUAAGCAAGUGUCCUGCCUGGAUGGCUUAAGUCAAGAUUUCAAUGAAGCAGUGCCAGAAACGGAAAGACUGGACUCCAAAGCUCUGAAGACUCGAGCUCAGCUUUCAGUGAAGAACAAGCGGCAGAGACCUUCUAGAACAAGGCUGUAUGAUAGCAUAAGUUCAACUGAUGGAGAGGACAGCCUUGAACGAAAGCCGUCAAACAGUUACAGUAGUCCCAUGCACAUUUCAAAAUCACCACUGCCCUUAUGCAUGAGAGCAUCCUCACCAGCAUCAGAUUCUGGUGCUUCCUCCCUCUCCCCCGUGGCUAGCAGUGCAGCAAUCUCACUUGACAACCUAACUGAAAACCAAGAAGAAGGACAGCACCACAAACGAGGUGUCCUUUCCCCGCAUGCUUGGGGACACACUCCACUUUCCUCUCCUUCAAAAUCUGGGCACAGCUCUGAAGCAUCUCCUUUGCAUCACCCAGCUGGCAGGAAUAUUUUACAGGAUAAAGAUGGUGCCACAUGUGCUCAGGCAGCAAGAACAACUAGCCCCACUAUAGGGCAUACAGAAAAACUAAAGCGAAAACUUGCAGAUCUUGGGGCUCCCUUGAGAAGGAGUUCAAACAAGGGCAAGAAGCGGAAAGAGAAAGAAGCUAUUAGGGUGACCUAUGGCAGUAGGACUGCCAGAGAGAUGCUGCAGAAAUCAGCAAACACUAAAUCUUCAGCAGAGCGAUCCACAUCUCUCCCACACUGUGUACCAUUCACAUGGUACGGAGAGAGUGGCAAGGGAUCCAAUUCUUCUAGCAACCUGCCAUCGCCUACCAGCUCAACUGAACCUUCCUCUGAAAAUAUAAGUCCAGCUAAAAAAGGGUCAAAGAAUUUCACAUUCAACGAUGAUUUCAGUCCCAGCAGCACAAGUUCAGCUGAUUUGAGCGGUUUAGGAGCAGAACCUAAAACCCCAGGUUUCUCGCACUCCUUAGCACUGUCGUCAGAUGAGAGCCUGGAUAUGAUUGAUGAUGAGAUCCUUGACGAUGGACAGUCUCCUAAGCACAGUCAGUGUCAGAGUCGUGCUGUUCAGGAGUGGAGCGUGCAGCAGGUUUCCCACUGGUUAAUGAGCCUGAACCUUGAACAGUAUGUUUCUGAAUUCAGUGCCCAAAACAUUAACGGGGAGCAUCUCCUUCAGCUGGAUGGGAGUAAGCUCAAGGCUCUUGGUAUGACAUCUUCCCAGGACAGAGCAAUCAUUAAAAAAAAGCUAAAGGAAAUGAAAGCAUCCUUGGAGAAGGCUCGCAAAGCUCAAGAGAAAAUGGAAAAGCAAAGGGAAAAGCUUCGGAAGAAGGAACAAGAGCAACUGCAGAGGAAAUCAAAGAAAACAGACAAGUCUUCAUCAGAUGCAACAGAGGGCACUAAUGAGCAGUGAGAAGCAGAAGUGCUGCUGUGUUAGGAAAAUGGAGGCACUUCAAGGGAAGAGAAACUCAUAUCCACUCUGGUGCCCCUUCAGCUUUCUUGUAUUCAUUACACAAGAGUGUGUACAGAGAA